GAUACAAAAGCAAAUGGAAGAAAAACAAUACAAAAUGAAGGUCAGUGUGUGAAAAAAAUAUUACAACAUUGUUGCAGAAGUAAACAAAUAAAAGAAAGCUCAAGAAAUUGAGAAUUAUUUUCAUUAAACAGUGUGUAAUAGAAAAUUCACCAUAAAAGAACAAAGAACUAUUAGCAAAAAAAUUAUAAAAUCAAUUUUAACUAAAUAUAAAAUCCAAAACCCAUUAAAUAUUCAAAAGCAAUGACAACUUUAGAGAACGAAGAGGAACAUUUGGUGGAAAUGGCAACCACUGAAAUUAUGGAUACAUUAACAUUGUUCGAUUUGAGUUGGGAGGAUGUGAUUAUACCAAGAAUACUCUCCUAUCUAACACUCAAAGAACUAUUCACAUUGCGUUGUUGCUCGCAGGCAACCAAACGUUUGGUGGAAGCUGCUUUAGAGCGUCUUGUUGAAAUUAAUCUAUCUGGCAAUGCAUCAGACAAUGUGGAAGUGGCCUUCACUGUGUUGGGCGAACAUUGUAGACGUUUGGAAAAUUUACAUUUAGCCCGUUGUCAUUGGCUAACUGAUGAGCUGAUCUUACCCAUAUUAGCCAAAAACAAACGUUUGAAAAUUGUCAAUCUAAAUGAAUGCGUCAAUAUAACACCACAAGCUCUGCAGCCCAUUAUAAUUGAAUGCAAAGAUUUGCGUGUUUUGAAAUUAUCCAAAUGCCAAUGGCUGACCACUGGUGCUGUUGAUGCUCUAACAUUGCAUCAAAACAAUUUGGAAGAGUUUGAUAUAUCUCAUUGUGCUGCUAUUGGAGAACGUUGUUUGAUAAUAUUCUUUAGGAAAUUGAAUAAAUUAACAGUACUUUCCUUGGCCAACACGCCAAGUGUCACAGAUCAAGUCCUGAUACAGAUUGGCAAUUAUUGUCGUGCUUUGGAACACAUUAAUUUGGUAGGAUGUGUGGCCAUUUCGGAUUAUGGAAUACAAAGUUUAACCAAAAAUUGUUCACAACUAAAAUCGUUAAUGGUGCAGAGAUGUGAAUUAGUGACGGAGAGAGCUUUGGCACCUUUGAGAGGUAAAAUACACAUAGAUAGACCCGCAAGAGAUGCUAAUCUAGGAGGCUUACAAAUGCAGUUAGUACCCUAUAAUUUGGAACAGCAAAUUAAUCGCUUGUUUUUGCAAGUUUAAAUUUGUUUAAUAAAUUCAAUCAGGUGGUGGUAAUCUUUAUAUAUUAGUACAUAUUUAUAUAGUUUUAUUAAGAAUUUGUGCUUAUAAUUGUUUUAAACUUCUUUCUUAAAAUGGCUUUAAACAAUUUGUAUGAUAAAAUAGUUAUGGACAUAGAUUUUAAAUACACACUAUUAUAAUUAAGCUUAAUAAUAAAAAACUAAACAAAAACAAA